UUUCGACACUCGGAAGAUUGAAAUUGUGCUUGUGUUGGUGGUUUUUUUUUCGGUUGAAUACAAGGUGCAAAGGAUACGACGAGUGUGCAGUGAGAAUAGGUAUAUUUUGAUGUGCCUGGAGCCCGCUAAAUUGUCCUGUUUACAAAUUACCAUCGAUUUUCCGCAUAGCGUACAACCUCUAUUUACUCGGAGGAAAUGGGUGGAAGAAAAGCACCGAAAAAAGUGCAUCGAUUUUAAGCUGUAAGAUUCGUUUUAUCUGUGCAAGGAAGUUGAACGACCAUGGCCGAGCCAUUAUCUCCCUCCGAGUCGACGUUCAAGCAAAACUUUGAUCUCGUGACCCCGGAAUUCGAGGAGGAUCCCAAAGUGCUGUGGGGCGUUCCCGUACCACCGUUCGUCUCCGACAAAGUAGUCUCAUGGGUGGAAGAGAACUUCCCCAGCCCACCGCCGCAGCUCAUCGAGUUCAAAGGGCUUAAUGUGCUGAGAAAGAUCGAAAAUGUGCGGAUGAUAGACAGAUACAACAGCAAAAAUCCUACGGUAGGGGUGCUCUACCUCACAGCAACACACUUGAUUUUCGUCGAUCCGGAAGCCAACAGGGAGACAUGGGUUUUGUACAUGCACAUUGCUGGUGUUGAGAAGCUUCCGCUAAGCACAACUGGCUCGCCGCUGCUGAUACGAUGCAAGACCUUUUUGUCUAUCACGUUUGUCAUUCCGAGGGAACGUGAGUGUCAUGAUGUGUAUACAACGCUGAUGAAGCUCUACCAGCCGGUAAACAUCAAGAAUCUCUAUUGCUUCCAAUACACAUCGCAUGCCAAAGAGCUGCCAAAGACAGUUGGAUGGGAUUAUUUCAAAUUGGAAACCGAAUUCAAACGAAUGCGGGCCCCCAACGACCAGUGGAGCCUAUGUAUGUUGAACAAAAACUACGAGCUAUGCGACACCUACCCCCAACAGCUAUACGUGCCAGCCGAGGCGAGCACUGCCAUGUUGCUCGGUAGCUCCCGCUUCCGGUCUAAGGGGCGCCUUCCGGCGCUGACCUAUUUACACUCAAACAAGGCAUCGAUCUGCCGCUGCAGUCAACCGCUGUCCGGUUUCAGUGCCCGCUGUUUAGAGGACGAACAAAUGUUGGAAGCGAUAAGGAAAACCAACCCCAACUGCGGAUUUAUGUAUGUCGUCGACACUAGACCGAGGAUCAAUGCAAUGGCAAAUCGUGCAGCCGGAAAGGGAUACGAAAACGAAGCGAACUACGAGAACAUUAAAUUCCAGUUUCUCGGCAUUGAAAACAUUCACACAAUGCGAACCAGCCUACAGAAAGUUAUUGAAUGUUGUGAGCAGAAAGCUCCCACCAUGAAUAGUUUUCUGAGCGCUCUUGAGUCCUCCGGAUGGCUAAAGCACAUUCGGUCAAUAUUGGAUACAUCUAGCUUUAUAGCAAAUGCCGUCGAUAAAGGAAUUUCCGCUGUUGUACAUUGCUCAGAUGGGUGGGAUAGAACCGCACAAGUUUGCUCGUUAGCAGCUCUCAUGUUGGAUCCAUACUAUCGCACUAUUAAAGGAUAUCAAGCUCUCAUAGAAAAAGACUGGUUAGCAUUCGGACACAAGUUCAGCGAUCGUUGCGGUCAUAUUCAAAACGAUCCGAAGGAAGUGUCUCCCGUAUUUACGCAGCUGUUGGAUUGCACCUGGCAGCUAAUGCAGCAGCGAAACGAUGCAUUUGAGUUCAACGAGCGCUUCCUGCUUAUCUUGCACGACCACGUCAUGUCCUGUCAAUACGGUACAUUUGUUGGUAACUGCGAAAAGGAUCGGUUGGAUCUGCGACUGUCGGAAAAGACAUUUUCGCUGUGGGGCUUCAUGUCCAAUCAUUUGAAUGAGUACAUCAACCCAUUGUACAGGCCGGAAAUGGACGAGACCAUUCGGCCAAAUUUAGCUCCUCAAUGUAUAAAAUUCUGGCGCGGAAUGUACAGUCGGUUUGAAAGCGGCAUUCACCCAAGGGAGCCAUUGGAGGACAUGUUGAUCGCUAGUAAAGACCACUCAACGUCGCUGGAUGACCACGUGCAGUUGUUGACAAAGCGCAUCAACAGUUUUAAAAAUAUGAUUUCAAAAUCCGCCAAGCGAUUGCAGGGCAGUAAAUAUGCUGACAACCGUAGCAUUGAGGUAAACGAUAAUCGCUACAAUUACGAUAAGAGACUGAGCGAACUGUCCUCUGCCGAUGACGAUCACCCACUCAAGACUUCUAACUUUUCUUUUUCCAAUCUCUCUUCAACCGAGUGCAAUGAAAACAACGGAGACACGAACAAGGUUACCGAGGAAGUGAACUCGGUUGCCGUCGAAUGGAAACCGCUCCGGAGUGUAUCCAAUUGUCCCUCCUGUUCGGUGCCAUUCGAUCAGAUCACCAGAAAGCAGAACCAUUGCUGGAGAUGCGGCGGGGUCUACUGCAGUCGCUGCAUCGAUAAAUCGCUCGCGUUGGCUGGCCAUGACAGUGGUAAUGUGGUUCCGGUUUGUAAGAACUGCUAUCGCGUCUCGACGCAGGUUAGCCCUUCUUAGGCAUUUAACCCGUUAUGAUUGCUCCUUAGUGUUUCCUUCCGUGUACCUUGCUUCAACGUCGUGUUUAUAUUGUCCGUUUAUCAGUCACAAAUGGAUCAGCGUAGUUUUGCGAAUUCCAGUUAUCAGUUAUGUUUAAAACUUAUGAAAAAUACCACAUCACAACAGAAAAGAAAAGUGCCAAUUAACUGCAAAUUCGACGGUUGUCAGUUAGUUGAUUAAUGUUGGACAAUCUAUUCAAGAGUAAGCCAUAAAUAUUGUUGACCGAUUUGUUGUAGGUAUUAAUUACUUCACGUAUUAGUUAGGUUUAAAAACAACUCGCACAAUUCUUUGUACGAUUAUAUUUUUCAUUCAACAUUAUUACGCUUAUUCUUUGUGAAUUGAUCGCUAGGUAUUCAAUUCAUUUUGAACAUCUAUUUGAAUUUGUGAAGUAUUUCAUUUAGUUUGAAUACUGGGCGCUCGAAUUGAUAACGGAAAUAGUUCCAUAGCUCUCCAUAAUUUUUUGGUUUCCCACCGAGAUUUUGUUUUAGUUAGUUUUUUCUGUUAUAUAGCUAUAUCUGGUCACACAUCACAAGUUUUUUUUUCCAAAUUAGUUUUACACUAUUAGUUAGACAAAUAUAUUCGGAUUAUUUAUUCCUAAUAACUAAAUCUAAAAUCAUUCGCAUCAUAGGCAAGCGUAAAGACGAAGACAUCUUGAAGGCUGUUGUAUUUAGUUUAUUCCUCUGUCAUACUUUGUAAUUGUGAUAUUUGAAAACAAAAAUUCUGUUUGCCAAUACGAAAGAUAAAAACUAGAUUGGAAUGUAUGAGUGUGAAAUGCAUUGUGCGCUAUAGAAAUGCUAGGGUCAUUUGACGUUAAAUGUAACUAUUAGUCACACUGCUUGCUCAAAAUCUGCUACACCUUCGCGGAAAUAGCGACAUACAAGCGACAUCGAUACAUUAUCUUAUUUUAGUCUCUAUAGGUUCAACCGUACCUUCAGUAGCACUUAAUAAAUACAAACCCUGCACAAGCAAGCUUAAGUGUAGUACGCAUUUUGGGCAACUGAUAAAUCAUGUAUAUUUAUGGAAAGUAUGUAAAACUUGUUGCUGAUAUCUGUUUCAAUUCAAUAUGUAUAAUUAAAAGUCAAUGUAAAGAAAAUAAAAAAAAGUAUUAAAUAUCGUUAAAA